AUGCCUCAUCUAUUGCGGCAGAACCUGCUGUUGCCCGCACCGCCCACGGUGGUCAUGCACGAUCCUCGGACCCACCUGCGACACCUGCCGCCGGCCUAUAGUCCCGCCCAGACUCCGCUGAGUCGGGAUAGGGAACGGGACUUUGCACCACAGGUGCGCUAUCACCUGGAGCAGCCACGCAGGCCCAAGUUGCGACCCUGCAAGGUCAUAUUUGUGGGCGACUGCUCGGUGGGCAAGACGGCCAUCGUGAAUCGCUUCUGCUUCGACAAGUUCCAGUCGAACUACAAGGCCACCAUUGGCGUUGACUUUGAGCUGGAGAACUUUAACAUAUUGGGUCACAAUUAUGGUCUGGAAAUGUGGGACACUGCCGGACAAGAGCGCUUUAAGUGCAUUGCAGGAGCUUACUAUCGCAAUGCAAGUGUGAUAGUGGUCACCUUUGACAUGACUAAGCGUGAUUCCCUGGAAUCGGCAAAAAAAUGGCUCAACAGUGCACUUAACUAUAACGCUGGCCAGAAACCGCUAAUAUUUUUGGCGGGCACAAAAGCAGAUCUCUUGACAAAAGAGGAGUUCCUGCGGAUGGAGCGUUUGGCGGGCUUGGCCGCUUCCGAAAUGCAGGCGGAAUACUGGUCAGUAUCGGCCAGAUCCGGAUAUAAGGUCACGGAACUAUUUCAAAGGAUUGCAGGCUUGGCCUUCGAGGAGGCCAUAAAGCAGGAACUGAAGUAUCACAAAGGCACGGCCCAGGAAAAGGGGAAGACUGAUGUAUCAGCUAAAUCGCAAACUUUUGAUUUACGUAACUUUAUUAGCAGUCGAUUUGCGCCUCAAAAAAGUGGUUGUGCUUGCUAG